AUACACAUAAAAUAGUAAAGUUGCGUUGCAUAUACUAUAGACACAUUCGGUUUCUUUUAAGGCGAGAUUUUAACAUACAACCAAAAUGAAGAUCGGAUUAUGUGUUUAUAGUGGGUACAAAAUUUACCCAGGACAUGGAAAAACAAUGGUAAAAGUAGAUGGAAAGACAUUUACUUUCCUCAACUCUAAAUGUGAAGCUGCACAUUUAAUGAAAAGGAAUCCACGUAAAGUAACGUGGACAGUGUUAUACAGACGAAAACACAAAAAAGGUCAAGAAGAAGAAACUGCCAAGAAACGUACACGCAGAACUCAAAAGUUCCAAAGGGCUAUCGUAGGUGCUUCACUUAACGACAUUUUGGCUAAGAGAAAUCAAAGGCCAGAAGUAAGAAAAGCCCAAAGGGAUCAAGCUAUCAGAGCUGCAAAGGAAGCAAAAAAGAGUACAAAAGCUCAGAAAAAAGCAGCUGCUCCAGGCAAACCGAAGUUGGUUCAGAAGACAAAAGCUGCUAAAGUAACACAAAAGUCAGCCCCACGUGUUGGAGGAAAACGAUAAUUUUGUAUUUAAAAAUGUUAAUAAAAUAGAAUCCAAUUCUU